GUUGGACCAGGCCCGCCCAUACUCCAGAGCGUCUCCGGGAAACCGGCUACAGCAGACAAUGGACCACUACACACCACAGCGGAGUUGGGCUGCUGCGAAAUGUGUCAGAGUCUGGUCAGCCUGAUGCCGUUUUCAGCAGAUGAGGUGUGGAAAACGAGAGGCGUCUUAACGCGCUGCUCCUGAGCAGCUGGAUCGCUUUCGACAAUGACCUUCAUUGUGUUAGUGCAUCACCGGUAGCGCCACGGAUACCUCCAACAUUAAAUCACACUCGAUUCCGCCCGCCCAUCAUGGACUUCCCAGGUCAUUUCCAGCACAUUUUCAAGCAGCUAAACCACCAGCGCCUCCAUGCUCAGCUGUGUGACUGUCUGGUGGUGGUCGGAGGCCAGAGCUUCCAGGCUCACCGCUCCAUCCUGGCAGCUUGCAGCUCUCACUUCAGAGCUCUCCUGAGCUCCAAUGACAGCGCUGACGAGGUUGGAGGAGCAAGAGCGGACGGACGCAAAGUUGGAGGCCCCAGUGUGAUGGAGCUAGAUCCAGAGGUGGUGACCCCUGAAGCCUUCUCCACCCUGCUAGACAUGAUUUACACCUCCACGCUCUCCCUGGGGGCCUCCAAUGUGAUGGACGUGCUGUUGGCAGCCUCGCACCUGCACCUGAACGCUGUGGUGAAGGCAUGCAAGCUCCACCUGUCCAGGAAAAACUUCCCCGCCUCGCCGCCUAAAGGAUGGAGGUCAAUGCAACAGCAGCAGCAGUGUCCCCCCUCACAGGCAGAGGGGUCAUCUUUGCUUCAACAGGUAACUUCUGCUAUGGAGAAGGAUUUAGAUGAAGGGGUAGUGAGAGUUGAGGUGAGCCAGUCGGGCGGGGUUGAAGAUCAGGGGGUGAGGAGGAGAGUCAGUGGCGAGCAGAGUGCUGCAGCAGCAUCCUCGAGGCAUAAAAGAAAGUCCCACGAGGACAGGCUUGGCGGCAGGAAGAAAAGCUGCAGGCUGCCUGGAGAAAACUACAAGGAGUGUUCACCUACUGUUACCAGCAGAAGCACCGUCAGCACAGAGGAGGGAGGAGAAGAUCUGCUGUCGCCAGACUGCCCGAAGAAGACCGGCGGACUCUGGGAGAACCGAGGCGAUGAGGAGGAGGAGCUGGAGGAGAAAUACGAGGCAACCAAGGGAGAGUCAGAGGAGAUCCAGCUGCCGAGCCAGUCAGACAGCAUCACAGGAGAUGUGGGUGCGUGGGGGAAGGAUGAAGACACCGAUCUAGACACGGUGGUGAAAGUAAAAGUGGGAGAAGAAGGGGCAGAGGAGGGAGAGGAGCCAAAGAUGGUGGUGAUUGAUGUGAAAAAGGAAAAUCUAAGCUCAUAUUCCCCAGAUUUAGAUCCUCCACCAUGUCCACCCCAAGACUGCACAGACAAUUUGAACGCACAAGUAAAUGAUGAGAAAGAGGCCACAGUAGCCAGCCCAGCAGAGGGUGGUGUUAGCCCUUUACAAUCUCAGCUGUGCACAGACCUUCAAACUGAUGCACCCAGAGAGGCCGGAGGUUUGGGUGAGGACUCAGUCGACGGUGAAGGCCUGGACAGCCUCUCAGAACUGGCCUUCUCCUGCUUCCUCAAUCCCAGUGCCGAAAGUGUCAUGGGAGCUCUGGAAGAAGAAGACAGCCUAGCUAGUCUCACAGCUGCUGCUGCUGCAGCUGCCGUCGCCAGCGAUGCUCCUGCAGCGACUGGAAAUACAGGUGAACCAUGUCAAAACUCAGAAGAAGCAAACACUUCCUCUGCUCAGUCCUCUGACUCCUCCUCUUCCUCUCUUGUUUUUCCAGUUACUUCUGUCCCCUUGCAGCAACUUCUCCCAACUCAGAGCCCUGGUUUUAGUGACACGCUCAUCCUGCAGCCCACCCAGAACUCUUUAGCAGGGUUUCUGAGCGGCAUCAGACCGGGCCUCAGUCUGGAAGCCUCCCUCGUCCAACCCUCCAGGGUCGCGAAAAGCUCAGGGGCAACAACCUUCCGUCGCAUCGCCCCCAAAGUGCCGCCUGGAUCCGAGGCAGGCACAGAUCCUUCCUCGUCCUCUGGAUCAGCAGGGGAUGCUGCUGACCGGCCGCCUCUAACCAGAGCUUCAGAGGAUGUCCUGUCCAAGUGCAAGAAAGCAGCUGCCGAAGACCACGUGCUGUUAGUGGAAGGGGAGAAGAAAUACGCCUGCAACAUCUGCUGUAAGACAUUCAUGAACCUGACGGACUGUAAGAAGCAUAUUCGUGUCCACACAGGAGAAAAGCCCUAUCCCUGUCCAAAGUGUGGCAAACGCUUCAGCCAGUCUUCCCAUCUUUACAAGCACUCUAAGAAUACCUGUCUAAACUGGAAAGAUGAUCAGUCCUUCCCAGACACUCUACUCUGACCUCUUUGCUAGAGGCACACA